UCUUUCCAUUCACAUUAUCAUCAUCUCUCUUCUUGAUUUCUCUUUCGUCUCUCUUUAUAAUAAGCCCUAGAAAAAGAAAGAAAGGCAGGAAAUCCAGAUUUACUUUUGAAACUGUUGAAAAUGGCUGCCGCUGCUUUCGCUAUUACAGGAACAUCUUCAACUUCGUGGAUUCAAUCGAACGGAUUUAUUAGGUCUACGACGACGAGGACGAUAAAGAAUAAGAAGAAGAAGAGUUUAUUUUGCGUGGUCGUCUCAAGAUCUUCAAUGACAGAUCCUUACAAGACUCUCAAGAUUCAUCCAGAUGCUUCUGAAUCCGAAGUCAAAACCGCUUUCAGGCGCCUAGCUCUCAAGUAUCAUCCUGACGUUUGCAAAGGAAGCAAUUGUAUGAUCCAAUUUCACCAAAUUAACGAGGCAUAUGAUAUGGCGAUGAGCAAUAUACGGGGAGAGACAAAAGUGGAGAUGGAAGAAGGUGAGGCGUACGAUGAUGCGGGAACCUUUAGAGGAAUGGACGAUCCUGAUUGGGACAUGUGGGAAGAGUGGAUGGGUUGGGAAGGAGCUGGAAUUAGAGACUAUUCUUCUCAUAUUAAUCCAUAUAUCUAAAUUUUAACUUUUUUUUAUUU